AAACAUCCGUUUACUUCACUUUGAGUUCAGGAAGGGCGACACUGUGCAAUUGAGUUGAACGCGCUUCAUAUCAACGCGGCUAUUAUCACGAGACAGUCAAGACAGUAUGUUUGAAUACACAACUAGCUGUAAUUUCCAAGAGUUUUUGUGUAAAAAGCUGAAUUAAAAGUUAUUAAUAUCUACACAAGGAGAAGAAGAAGGAGACGAUUGUGGAGGUAAGCGACAUAAUUCAGCUUGACACAGCGGUCAGACAGAAGUGGAUAAGGUUAGAAUAAACUGUGAAGUCGAGAAAAUGCCAGCGAUACUGGUUGGAGAGACACUUCAGCGCAAUGAACAAAUGUGGCAGGCAUUAAAGAAUCAUAUCAUGCGAGAGCGACAACGGAAGAAACAAGAACAAGAGGCUGAUGAAGAAGAAGAACGUUUGCGCAAGGAGAGGGAACACCAACAGAAACGAGAUGUAAUGACAUUGGGCGAGACACGAGAUCAGCUCUCUAGUCUGCAGGAAGAGCUGUCGAAAUUACAUAAGGACAAGCGUGACUUAUUUACAGAACUAAAGAGAGUUCUGCUUGAGGAAGAAAAUAGAAAACGACAGCAUGUGAAGGAGAAUAGUAUCUGCUCAAAAGUAUUGACAGUAGGGGGAUAUUCGGCAAUGAAUACUAAAGUAACACAUUCGCAACUAUUCUUACCGGUAGCACGAAGCACUAGCCCCCAGUAUGAAGCCAGUGUUGUUGGGCCACAAGUAUUAACAACUGGAUCUUCCAAGAGAACACUCAGUCCACCACCAAUACUUGCCAUACCUUCGUAUCAUAUUUCGUACUAUAAACCACCACCAUGUAUUCCGAAUUACAAUCUGCCACCACCUUCUAAGUCUGAGGAACCUGGUAGGAGAUCCAAUGACUCCCGAGCUGUUCUUUGGAACAAGAAUAAUCAGUACUCUUAUUACUCAACGACCCCCAGCCUUAGCCGAUGUCUCCCAACCGCCUUGACACGAUGAACUUCAAAUCAUCAUUGCGACCCUACUCGCCAGGCCUCAACCGCUUCGCCUUGCUACGCUCUUUUUAAGGAUGGGGGUGUUACGUCCCGAGGUACCCCCGGAACCCCCCCUCCUUCUCCCUUUUUCUAUCACACUUCUAUUUUUUUUUCUCCCUUCCCUACACUCUUCUUUCAUCCCGGUAGUCGCCUGUUGACAUCGUACCGUUUCUUCCAAAUUAUAACUUUUGUUGUAGUUCCGACCGUAUCGUUGCUAUAUUUCGUAUCAUUAAAAUAAUUCACACCUUCUACCUACCGUUUUUCAAGCUUAUUAAAUUCAAUUAACUUAGAUCCGGCAGUCACUGCCGCUGAAUAGCUGAAGUAU